AUGCCAGAGGGAUUGAAGUUAACAGUGGAAGAAGGGAAAUGUGUGCAGGCAUCAGCUUAUGUGCCAGCAGAUAAUUUCACUGAGUAUCAUGUAAGAGAUGAAGUUGAUGUCAUGUUUAAGAUUAGUAUAGCAGUGUUAGCUGAAUGCUUAAAUAUAUUCGGAUCAGGUGAAGAAUCAAGUCUUAAAAUGUACUACAGAUGUGAAGGAUCACCUUUACUUUUGGUUUUACAGCCACAAUCGGUGCAUAACGUCAUGACAGACUGUGAGAUAUCAACUCAAACGGCUGAUUCGCUCCUGGAUCUUCGAGAUGAAGAUGCUGAAGAGGUCGCAAAGCUAGUUGUUAAGGCGCCGGCUUUCCUCGGUCUUCUAGUUGAUCUGGAGCGGUCCUGUGAUGUGUUAGAGCUGAAUCUCUCACCAGAGCAUCCCAAUGUUAGCAUUGUUACGUAUGGUAUGCAAGAUCGUUCCUGUAUUGACGUACCAAAAUCUUCAGAUAUGGUGCAAAGUUUUAGCUGCGAAGAGCCGAUCACGUUAAAGUACCAACUGAAUCAUAUACGCCUUAUUAUGAAGGCGCUUGCUUUAUCAACAAAGGUUGUUUUGCGGUUCAGUUCCAAUGGACUUUUGCUUCUCCAGCUCAAACUGGAAAAAGAGGACCAAAAGCAGAUGUUCUCAGAGUUCUACAUAGUGCCAUUACUAGACGAUUGA